AUGGAAGCGCAGCAGCAGCAGCAGCAGCAGCACAGACAAGACCAAUUCAGGAAUGCACAAAGCAGCGCAGACCGUGGGCUGCAGCAGCAGACGGCCACACGCCAUGUCCUGGUUGCGCGCAGCACGGCACCAGCAGCAGCAGGCACACUAAAAGCAGCAGCAGCGGCAGCAGCAGCAACAACGGAAGCAGCAGCAGCAGCAGCUGCUGCAGCUGCAGCUCUCACACGUCAAACUCUAAACUGCGUGGGGCGGACUGGCGCUGCGUUUUGUGGUUGCUGCACUUUGCUGCUGCUGCUCCAAAAGAAGUUGGGGGCGAAAGGGCUCCCUGUAGCAGCAGCUGGGGCAGCAAAAAGAGCAGCAGCAGCGGGGGCGGCUGCUGCUGCUGCUUCCCCUGCAGCAAUUCAAGCUGCCCCAGAGCCCUGCUGCAUGCAAAGCCCAGCCUGCCCCCCCCUAGAGGCAAAAGGGAGCAGUCGAUCCCAGGGGGGGGCGGGGGGGAGCGUAAGCAGACAAGAGGGGGGCCGGGUGGCUCGUUGCUGGUGCUGCUGCUGCUGCUACUUCGCAGCUGCUGCUAGGCCCCUUGGCCAGCCUUGA